AAAGGAAAAUUGUUGUCUUGUCUGUCUGAACUUCCUCUCCGAAUGUAAUCUGUUAUUGAGAACAUCGGACUGUAUUAUUGUAAAAGGACGAGAGCAUUUGCAAAAUAAUGAACAUAUACUUUUGUGGAAGCAUCCGUGGAGGGAGACAGGACGUGAAUAUUUACCAGCGAAUAGUGAAGCAAUUACAGAAGUACGGCAAAGUUUUAACAGAGCAUGUCGGCUAUGAUAGUCUGUCUGAAAAAGGUGAGGGCGCAGUCUUGGAUGGAGACAAAGCGAUUCAUGAUCGGGAUAUGGAGUGGCUUAUGAUGUCUGAUGUGAUAGUGGCUGAGGUGACACAACCAUCUUUAGGAGUCGGCUAUGAACUUGGUCGAGCUGUGGCAAUGAACAAGAGGGUUCUCUGCCUCUUCAGGCCAUCUUCUGGAAAAGUGCUGUCUGCAAUGAUAAGAGGAGCAGCUUCUACAAUGACAGACUCGCUCUUUCAUGUACAAGACUACGCAGAGGAUGAAGUCGAGAGUAUCUUGGAGAAGUACUUUGAUCCUCUCGCCAAGAACUGAUUUCAGUGUAUCAUAUCUUCUAUGUUAUGCCUCUGGUUUGAUAAGUGGGCCAUAAUUAGCUUGAAAAAAGUAUUUGAGGUUACAUGUAUUGAGCAUAUUUGUAAUAUCAUUUAAAAAGUACAUUAAUUAGUGUAUUAUACUUAAAUGUGAAUAAAUCUGUUCUAGCAACAUAAACAUUGGUUCAUUUGAAUAAAGGUACUUAUAAUUAGGGAUGUGCACGAAUAGUCGAAUACUCGAGUAUUCGUUUUGCAAUAAGUAUUCGAAAACGAAAAAUACUAUUCGAAUUUUGCAAAGUUUUGCUUUGCUGGCCAUAUAUACAGUGAGAUGCAUGUUAAAUCCUGAACACAUAAAUUAAAACUGGCAGUUAUAACAGAAUGCACUGGGUGGCGCUCUUGAGUGUGGACACAUGUUGAUCACAUUUGAUGAGCAAACCGCUCUGUCAGGAUGUUUAGAUGGACACCAAAAAGCGGGUUAUUGCAAGAAUGUGGCUUACUGUGGAUGGGUUCACUGUUUAAAUGUACUGGAUAAGCGGUGUACUCUUUACUCUCGUAUAUGUGCAGCUCAACAGAAAGCAGCGUCCCCAUUGCAACGUAAUCCCCGCAACGCUUCUGUAAACAACAAACAUGGCAUCCGAGAAAGACUUUGCUAGCCGCGGGACAUUCCAACAAUUAAACUGGUGUGUAUAAAUGAGUAUAGUUUACUGAGCAUGUGGAUAUGCUUGUUUUUCUCAACAAAAACAUGACAUGAGAUGCAAUAUUAACAUAACUAUUAUAUGCCGAGUGUUUAUAGUCGUUCUGUAUAUUAAUUGCGUCAGUCUACUUUAUUAGCGGUGUCUUUUUCUUCGCUUUGCAUGAGCUUAAAUGCUUUAAUUCUGUACUUUUUUGUUUUCACGUUUUGCUUGUUUUAAAUGUUUUCAACAACAAAAACACAGGACAUAAUAUAAGCUUGUUUUGGAUGUAAUUAGAAGCUUGUUUUUUUUUUUAAUGGUGACGCAACAUUUAUGACUAAAAUAAAAUUUUACAACGUC